AUGUCUAGUUUGUUUUUUCCAACAAAUAAUCCCACUACAAACAAUUUAUUUGUAUUGCAUAAUAAUACUUUAACGAAAUGCAUCCCUCAAUUCAUUCAUAAAAAGCAUACCAAGUCUAAUAAAAUUUCUAAAGUUCCUACCCCCUUUGAUCCUCCACCGUCUAUUAUGUACACACCUAGCCCCUCGAUAUCUCGUCCCGAAGAAGGUAAUAGAGGCCCAACAGCUGGUAGAUCGAUUCCUGUUUCUGGUAAUGUUAUGAUGUGUUACAGGAGAUUAUGGAGUGUCUUAAACAAUAAUAAAAUACGUCAAGAAGUACGCCGCAAUAGAUAUUAUGAAAAACCCACAAUUAGGAGGAAAAGAAUUAGAAGAGAAAUUUCUGAAGCACGUUUCAAAGAAGCUGUGAGAAAAAAAGUUUGGCUAAUUUUGCAAAUGAAAGCGAGGGGUCUCUAA